GUUGGGUCAGCUGAUCACUAUGGCAGGCUUGGAUCAGAAGGAGUCACCCUUCUCUCAGGGCCUGGCUCAGGCAAAACAGACAAGUCAAAGGUCAAACAAACCCCUCUACACCUCCAGCCCAUCCAAGAUCCCGGUCAGGCCCACCAAACCCACCAUGAAGUCCUCUUAUUUUGGGGACAUCUCCGCUGUAGGGAGGGUGGGCAGCUCCACCACGGGACCCAAGGGUGGGGAUAACGACGCCAACUUGUCGGCAUUUGACAAGAAAUUCCGGGAUUUCCACGACGGGUCCUUCAUUGAUGAGGAGAAGUACAUGAGGAACGUUGAUCCUACGAUGGAGGGGGAGUACCAGGACAGUAGUUACGAUCGAGGACCAAUGAGGAAACACUGACCUUGACGAAUAAUCUUACAUGAGACGAGCGGGAUGUUCUCUCAUGUUAGGCCGGAGAAUUCCACCGUGGCGGACAUCUUACCCGCCAAGGACCUCAGUCAAUCAGAGAAAAUGGACUUCUCAACCAAAGGACGAGUUUCUCCAAAGGAGGAAAAAGAAUCGGUAAAAAAUGGAAAAAAGCAAGGAGACGUACGGAAAGAGCAUAAAUCGGAUCUGUUUUCUGAGGACUUUUCUCACGGAUUAAGAGAAGAAAUCCUACAGGACCUGCCAGACUUUGAGACCAGUGAGACAGAAGUAUCGGAAUUACCGAGUCGACCGAAGCCUCAACCUCGAGGCAGAAAACUCAGUGACGAUGAGAGCAAGGCUCGGUCAAAGCGAGACAUUCAGAGUGAGAAAGAAUCACCCGAGCACAAGUCUAAGAUGAGUGAUUAUAACUAUAGCAUGGAAAGCUUCGAGCAGUCUUACAUCAGUGAGAGGGGGGAACUUGUACAGGACCUGAAUAUGUUAGAAAGUGGGGCCUCUCCCUCCCCCGAGUUUAUUGAUAGUGACAAUGAGGACUUUUAAUUGGGAGUCUCUCACAUAUAGCACUAACUGACAGCUAUAAUGAAGGUGUGAUAUGUUUAUAGACUGUACUAACAGAGCUUUAAUAGACUAAGCACAAAAGAAACAUUUAUCAUGUGAAGUCCUGGCAUUAUGUAAGUCAUGAUAAUAUUAUGGCCUUCAUUUGUAGGUAAAUAGUUUUUUAACCUGAUGUACAAUAUUAUGCCAUAAUGAAAAGCCAGUUUUCCUGUGAAUUGAACAAAACAAUUUGAACACAGUGAUUAUUAUGUAUAUUUUCCAAUAAUAAUGAUGCUUAGUUGACAACUGAAUGGUAAAAGACAAAAAUCAGUGGUACAACAAAAGAAUGUACAGCUAAUUUAUAGUUGUUUCUCCACUUGUAGAGAGAUCUAUGUAGAUAUUUUGAGUACUUGUAAAUUAAUGACUGUUUCUGAAGUUAUGUUAUUGAUAUGUUGGAUUAAAUGAUUAUGUACAAAUAACCUUGUUUAAAAAGAAGACUGUUGAAUCAAUGAUAGAAUGAGGCUACUAAUGGGAGACAACUCUUUUUAUUUAUUUUUUAUUACACAUGUACCUACACAUUAUUCGUACUUGUAUGAUCCGUCCAUUGUUUUCAAAAGCGAAAUACAUGUACAUUAUACGAUUCAUGUCCAGAGUUUUUUUGAAGCAGUUUAUAUUUCUUUGAUAUUUUUUGUAUAUGAAAACUUUUCCUUUGGUAGUUAUUAAUGUUAAAAUGUUAACAUUUACUCCCUUGAUAAUAGGAAUCUCUGCUUGUUAUAAUUAUGGCUUUGAUACAAAUCUUGCCUCCCUUUAAAGAUCUGAGUAAUUUCUUACCUAGCCCAUCUUGCUUUCCACUGUAUAUCUAUUUAUUCCUUUGUAUUUAUUUUCAUUAAUUUAUUCACUCUAUUUUCCCCUUGCAUUUACUCUGAAUCAGUCCGUAGCUUAUUGUAGAUAUGUUAUGCAAUAAAGGAUUUGAACCAAGA